AUGGCAGACUACGACCUCAUCCGCCGAUGGUCAAUUCCCGGCUACAAUAUCUCUCAGCCCUACGAAGAUGCCGACUCAAUUGCCGGAUGGGCUAUUUCUCUUACCGUUCGCGCCAAGAUCACCGCAAAGGGCGUCGUCAUAGAUGAUGACACCGACGCUGUCUUUGCUGGCUCCAUGAUCCGCCUCGAGCCCCCAGCUGCUCUCGUCGACGACGUGGUUGAGCGCCAAGGCUUCUACAUGUCGCACCCCGGGUAUGAACUCAAAAGGCUGAUGUAUGGAAAUGGUUCAUGCGAGGCCACAUUCAACGACACGUGCCUCGACGCCUUGGAGAAUAGCCCUACAUGGAACGGCAGAGAGUGGGAAAUUGGCAACCCUCGGGACCCUCCAGAAUGCAAGCUCACUGUCGACAUGGCCUCAAUUGGGGCUGCAGAGAAAUACACUCGGUGGAGUGAUGAAAUUGGAAAGGACCAGUGCAAAAACAUCACCUGGCUGAGAGGCACCGAGCUUAUCUCCUUCGUCUCCCCGCUCAAUGCUCCCGACCAGUAUGGGCUUGGCGUCAGAGAUGCUAGUUACAGUGCUGGUAUGGUGCUCGUCACCUGGGGAUAUGCUAAGAAUAGGAGUUCUGAGUCUUAUUAUGAAACUGAGGAGGCCAGGCAGCCUGUCUCAGAGUUGGUCUGUAUGAGGGGUCUAAACAACACCCCGGAGGAGAACCAGCGCAUUGAAGAUGAGCGUAACGAGGGUAAAGAGGGGGAAGAAGAAGAAGGCGAAGAUGAUAGUGCCGCAGUCGGUGCAAGAGAGGCCAUGUUGCCAACGUUGGUCCUGCUUUUGCCCCUGGCAACCCUCUUUGCGCUGCUGUAG